CUAGAGAGUAACAGGAAGUGUUUUCUCUGAUGCUACAGACCUCUGAAGGAGUGAGACAAUUCAAAGGACUGUUAAACAAGUUCAGAAGGGGCACAGCAUGGUGACUCUGUCCCUCUUGUCCCUCUGUCUCCUCUCCUUGUUGGGGGUCAGAGGGGAAGUGGCUCCAAAUUUCGACAACUGCAAAGCUUCUUUCUUCAAAAUGACACCAGUGUCUGGUCUGAAUAUAGCACUCCCCACUCCGAUCGAGCCCGACACACAGGGCUUAGAGAAGCCUGAGAAAUGUCUCUCUGCUUACAAUGCUGCCUCUCCUGCAUACAUCUGUCAGAGAAACGGUAACAACUAUUACUUUGCCACUCUGUAUGACCAUGGCAGGAGGAUCCCUCUGUACUCUGCCUAUCAAAUGGAUAUCGAAGGGGUCCCUGGCAGAGAGGGGUCCAUAGUUUAUUAUGAACCCCAGCUUGUGCAUCCUGACCUACCACCACAGCAAAUGGAUAAGAAAGGAUCCUUGAGUGAGAUCAAGAAAUACAAUCAAAACAAUGAAUGCUUAGAACGCUCUCCACAAUACCGACAGAACUACAAGCUGGGCUGGAGUCAGGCUCUCGAUGACAACUUUGGCUCGUAUGACCGCGGGCACCUAAACCCCGCAGGACACCAUAAAGAAGAUGCAUCCAAAGCCACCAUGACCCAUACCAACGUAGCUCCGCAAGAUGGGAAGAUGAACAAGGGGCCGUGGAACCUGUACGAGAAGAAGCUGAAGGAUGUUUUGAGUGCAGGCUGUAGUAAGAUGUAUGUGGUGACUGGGGUGGUCCCAGGCGACACGUGGGUAGACCAGAACAAGCGAGUCAAUGUUCCGAGUCACUACUGGAAUGCCUACUGCUGCACCGACAACAACGACAAACCUCUCAGGUCUGGAGGUGCCUUGGGUCCUAACACAGCUCUCAGUGUUGUUACAGAGUAUAACUCUGUUACAGACAUUGAGACUGAGCUUAGAGGGCUUCUGAAAGUUGGCAACAAUUUCAACAUUUUUAAUGGCUGUGCCUGAGAAUAAUUAUUUUUUUAAACAUAUCCCUGACCAUAAAUAUUGUCCUAUUGAUCAAAUGUGUUGAAAAAGUGUAUUACAAUUUCAAAACGUAUCCUUUGUAGUAAUUAUUCGUAAAGCGUAUAUUUGCUUCUUUGGUCACACACAGAGUUGUGCAAUCACCUCUUUGUGAAUGCUUGUUGCUAUGAAUCUAUAACCCAAUAAAGUUUGUUUUGUGAAAGUAGGAAA